AUGAAAUUUCCUAUCAGCUUUUCAGCCUCGGAGGCACCUGAUGGAGAUCAGAAGCAUAACGACCCACUAGUGGUCACGAUGGCCAUCGCACUUCCCGAACAUGAAGGCGAGGAAGAAAAACCUAAGGCGUUUCCAUGGGCCAUGCCUAAAAUCUUGAUCGACGGAGGAAGCUCUGUAGAGAUCUUAUUUUAUGAAACAUUGAAACAAAUGGGUCUCAGAGACGACUGCCUAAUAUCCUCCACCUACAACAUAUUUGGCUUUAACGGCUCGUCGACCCUCCCAAGAGGCAAGGUGACACUAGAAAUUUGGGUAGGAAAAAUCCUCACCUUAACCACUUUCUGUGUAGUGGAUGUGCUUUCACCCUACACAGCUAUUGUCAGGCGAUCCUGGAUCCAUGGGAUCAAAGGAGUUUCCUCGACUUACCAUCAGAGUCUAAGGUUCCCUACGCCCGAUGGAGUCCUAGAAAUCGUCGGAGACUCUGGUGAGGCAAAAUAUUGCUACAAGAUGGACGUUCAGAACGGCGAAAACAAAGUAAACUCCCCAAAGGCGCAGGAAAUGAGGGCGAGGAAUGGCAAUAACCUUGCUGAGAUUCAUGACUACAUAGCAAUAGCUAAUGAGCCAAAGCGCUUGGACGAUGCUCCAACCUUGUGCAACACCAUAACCUAG